ACAGCUUCCAGUCCCGGGAGGUGAAGGCGGGCAGGCUGGUGGAGCUGCCCUGCAUCGCCUCGGGCUACCCCAACCCAGCUGUCCGGUGGAUCAAGGACGGGCGCCCGCUCCCCCCUGACAGCCGCUGGACCAAGCGCAUCACGGGUCUGACCAUCAGCGACCUGCGCGUGGAGGACAGUGGGACCUACAUCUGCGAGGUGACCAACACCUUCGGGUCCGCAGAGGUCACGGGGACCCUCACGGUCAUAGACCCGCUGCGUGUGACCCUCACACCAAAGAAGCUCAAAACAGGCAUCGGCAGCACCGUCAUCCUCUCUUGUGCCCUCCGCGGGGCUCCUGAGCUGUGCCUGCCAGCUAUCAAGGACGGCGGCGUGUACCGGUGCACCGCGCGGAACUCGGUGGGCAGCGCCGAAUACCAAGCGCGAAUAAACGUAAGAGGUCCCCCGAGCAUCCGAGCGAUGAAGAACAUAACAGCGGUAGCGGGUAGGGACACUUUCAUCAACUGCAGGGUGAUCGGGUACCCGUAUUACUCCAUCAAGUGGUACAAGGACUCUUUGCUGCUGCCCGAUAACCACCGCCAAGUGGUCUUUGAGAAUGGGACCCUUAAGCUGAUGGAUGUCCAGAAAGGCAUGGAUGAAGGAGAGUAUCUGUGCAGCGUGCUGAUCCAGCCCCAGCUCUCCAUCAGCCAGAGCGUCCACGUCACGGUGAAAGUCCCUCCGCUGAUCCAGCCCUUCGAGUUCCCGCCAGCCUCUAUCGGGCAGCUCCUCUACAUCCCCUGUGUGGUCUCCUCCGGGGACAUGCCCAUCCACAUCACCUGGAGGAAGGAUGGGCACGUCAUCCUCUCCGGCUCCGGAGUCACCAUCGAGAGCAAGGAGUUCAUGAGCUCCCUGCAGAUCUCCAGCGUCUCCCUCAAGCACAACGGCAACUACACCUGCAUCGCCAGCAACGACGCUGCCACGGUCAUGCCUCCUCGUUUUGUGGUCCAACCCAACAACCAAGAUGGCAUUUACGGUAAAGCCGGGGUGCUGAAUUGCUCCGUCGAUGGAUACCCCCCUCCAAAAGUCAUGUGGAAGCACGCCAAAGGAAGCGGCAACCCUCAGCAGUACCACCCCAUACCCCUUACGGGCCGCAUCCAGAUCCUGCCCAACAGCUCCCUGCUCAUCCGCCACGUGCUGGAGGAGGACAUCGGCUACUACCUCUGCCAGGCCAGCAACGGGGUGGGCACAGACAUCAGCAAGUCCAU